AUGACUGAUGGCAAUGAGAAACUUAAACAAAUGGAGGAGGAGAUGGAUAGAUUCGAGGCUGAGAUUGCUCAUCAGUCGUCGGGCAAGACACCGAAUAAUAUUCCAAUCUCUGGCGGAUUUACAUUCCCUCCUGUUACUAACUUUAUGCCUCCCCAGUUACGUGUUCAUCAAAACCCGACCAACGUCGUGCAGCCAGUUUAUUCGGGUAAUCACAAUUUUUAA